CCGGGUUCCAGUGUUGCCAGCACCCGCCACAGGUGCCUCCCGCACCGCACCGGGUACCCUGCGCGGCCACGUCCUGCUCUCCGCCUCCUCGGCGCCGUCGCAGUGCGCAGAGCAGGGCUGUGUCGGCUGCCGGUGCACGGGUGGGGCGCGCUCACGGCUGGCGCAGUUUCGCUACGCGGUGCCCUCCCCGCAUCCCUCUCUUCUGGGCUCCCUCCAAUCGCCAACUACAGCCCGGGCCCCGCGAUGGGGAAUAUGCCAUCCGCUGUGAAGCAUUGCCUCAGCUACCAGCAGCUACUCCGGGAGCAUCUUUGGAUCGCGGAUUCAGUGGCAGGGGCUCUCGACCCCUCGCAGGAAUCAUCCCAGUUGUCUGGACUCCCUGAGUAUGUUAAAAUAGUAGAAGUGGGACCUAGGGAUGGAUUGCAGAAUGAAAAGGUUAUAGUUCCUACAGAUAUAAAAAUUGAAUUUAUCAAUCAACUCUCCCAAACUGGCUUACCUGUAAUCGAAGUAACCAGCUUUGUGUCCUCCAGAUGGGUACCACAGGUUGCUGCUGGUGCCACUGAGAUAUCAGUUUUUGGUGCUGCAUCUGAAUCCUUUAGCAAGAAGAAUAUUAACUGUUCUAUUGAAGAAAGUAUGGAGAAGUUUGAGGAGGUCGUUAAGUCUGCAAGGCACAUGAAUAUUCCAGCACGAGGGUAUGUGUCUUGUACCCUGGGCUGUCCAUAUGAAGGAAGCAUCACACCGCAAAAAGUGACAGAGGUAGCUAAGAGACUGUAUGGCAUGGGCUGUUAUGAGAUCUCUCUGGGAGAUACAACUGGAGUGGGAACUCCAGGAAGUAUGAAGAGAUUGUUGGAAAGUGUCAUGAAGGAAAUCCCCUCCAGUGCUCUGGCCGUUCACUGCCAUGACACCUACGGACAAGCCUUAGCCAAUAUCCUCACGGCCCUUCAGAUGGGGAUUAACGUGGUGGACUCUGCAGUAUCAGGAUUAGGUGGCUGCCCUUAUGCAAAAGGUGCUUCUGGAAAUGUAGCCACUGAGGAUUUGAUAUAUAUGCUUAACGGCCUGGGGCUCAAUACAGGCGUGAAUCUUUACAAAGUGAUGGAAGCUGGUAACUUUAUUUGCAAAGCUGUGAAUAAAACCACAAACUCUAAAGUAGCACAAGCCUCCUUCAAUGCUUGACUUGAAUGAAUUUGUGACUUAAGGAUGAGAAGAUUCAUUUCAGCUACAGAUAUUCAUCUGAAAAUCAUUACUGUCAAUUUGUUCUGAAAUGUGAAGUUAUAGACAAAAGUGGGGGAAAAAGAGAUACUUUUAAUACUACUGGAUACAUUUUGAAGUCAACAGAAAUACCAGCCAUCAGGUAAAUUGCAAACUGAAGCUAAAUAAUAAAAUUUGUAGACAUGCUUUUGAACAUGGAGAAAAGUCUACUCUUUUGCAGUUAUAGAAAUAACUUCUUAAUUUAGUAGACGUGAAAAUUGACUUCAGAUUUCCCUAAGUAUCAAAUGCUGUGUUAAUACUUAAUCAAGCUGGCUUAUGAGUUCCUGCAUAGUGUGCAAAGUGUGUGGCCUCGAUAUUAUGUAUAUGCCUCUGGAUCUCAACUUUCCAUUUGCCAAGUCAGUUAAAUUAUGGACCAAGAGCCAAAUCGCCAUCUGAACCUACAUAAUUUUUAGCAAUAGAACUUUUACAUUUCAAGUAUGGCUAACAUCUGUUAACUAUUUCAGUGACUUUAUCUUGUUCCAAAAGGCUGUGGUCAAUGGCAAGACGCCAUAUCCUGGAAACAUUACGACCUCCCAUGUUUGUUACAUGCUUCCAGUUUACCAUACUUUUCCUUUCAUCAGUUAUAGUAAAAACCAGCAUGGUGUUACUCAACUAUGGAGAAAUAGAAGGCACAACUUCCAUCUGGAUGUCUAAAUUGCAGUGAUGAGGAUAGAUUGAUACAUGUGCCAUAAUCCACGUUUCGUAAUUUUCAGAUCAUUUCCAAAUUGCUCAGUGAAAUGUCCUUGUGAACCUAAGAAUAUGAAUCCAAUUUUUAAUUCAUAGAAUAAACUUUUUUUCAUUCAUUCAGGGUGGUUUGAUUAAAUCACAUCUUUUUUUGUUGACUUUUUUAUGGUUAUUUUUAAAGUUGAACUGGCUUAAAUUUUAUCUUUUGUACUAGAAUUCGUGGCCAGAAAUAGCACAAAUUAAUAUAUCAAGUUGAGAAGAGGAACAAGAGAACUAUGUUAAAAAAAACAUGUCUGUAACCUAUGCAAAUCAUAUGGGUGCAGUGUUAUUACAUGCAGGUCUGAAACAUCAGUUCUAUUAUUUAUGUAGACUUCUCCAAUAAUACUGGGUGAUCUUAUCUUUGAAUAAAUUUGAAUAUAACUUGAAAUAUGAAUGUGAGCAUUGUGGACUUUCUAUUAAGUAUUCACCAAAACCAUUGAAAUGAAAAGGAAUUCAAUGAAGUAAGAAAAGUACUGAUCACCACUAAAUUAACUUUUAAAGACAGAUAAUAAUAUGAAUCAUGAGGUAAACAUAUUAUCAGUAAUUGACAAAAUCAAACUAUAUUCCCAUGGAAGAGACCAACUCAUCAGGUUGUAUGACGGCUGGGAGAGCAGGAGUUUGUCACCCAGAGUACUGAGCAACUCUUUGCAUUUGGGUUAGUGUUUGGGGUUGGAGGCAGUGUAGGGACACAAACAGAAUGGCAGCUCUUCAUGGAUGUCCCAAUUCUGUCUCCCCUGUACAUCUAUCUCCCUUCACAAAGAACAGGGCCCUGCACUCUGGGGCUGUAAUAGGACACUGCCCUGACUGUGCACAGCAGGAUAUACACCUCCCCAUCUUCUGAGGAGACUGAGUUUUCCUGUCUCUUACAGAUCUGUGACAGUUUCCAUUCUGAUAUAUUUGGAAAAGCAUCUGUUGGUGCAAAGUGCUUAUAGAAACAUCUAAGGGCAAAACUUUGCUAUUUUGAAAUAAAAACCACAGACUCUCUAAAAGACAGAGCAAGCAGUCAGAAACCCCAGGUGCAGCCUGGUGCACACUUACACGGCACACACAUCAGUCUACCUAUUGAUUCAUUUCUGAGAGUACUUUGAUUCUUCCUAAUCACACACACCACGAGAAAGUUUGUGUUUUAGCUAUCUGUCAUCCUUUCUCCACCCAAACAUCCUAAAUCCCUCUGCUAGCUUAAAGUA